CAACAGAAAAAAUAAUGUGUUGAACUAUGUGUAAUGUGUAGUAUAGUGUGUAGUGUUUUUGGUAUUGCCAACUGUCAGGGGAAAUAAAAAUGAUCUUUAUCAGUAGCGUAAACGUAGGGUGCAAUUUUGGGCAUAACUGAAAAUUUAAAGAUUUAAAGCGACAUUUUUAUCAAAUUUGCGAAUUUGCAUAUGAUUUUAAAAAGAUGAAAACGAUUGUUGCUAUAUUAUAAAGUGUUAAAAAAAAUGUGCUCUGAAGAAAAUUAAGUAAGUUUAAAUCUUAAUACAUCGUCAUUAGAUUUUCAGGAGAAUAUGACUUGUAUUGAUUUCAAGUUAGUGAGGUUAGAUACGUUUGUUUACAAAGUCCCAGGACACAUUGAAAUAUAAUUCAAACAUUUGAUUAUUAAUUUAAAAAGAAAAUUCAUCUUUCCGGUGGCGCAAAUUUUCUAAGGCGGGCCGACAAGAAAUUAAAGAAAAAUGUACAAAUUAGCGGGAAAAUCCGUAGGUGACGUACAGUGAAAAUCAGUUGAAAUGCUGCAUUAAAAGAAACAAGACCUAAAAAGGUAGGAUGAAUGACAGAUUGGUCUCCUUAUAAUGGUUGUGACCAAAAGAAACGGGAUGGGACCAAUAAUAGUUGUGGUGUUUACGAUAUUCUUCGUAACGGACCUCUCGCCUAUGUGAAUCUUCAAGAUCCAAAAAAAGUUUGGGAAAAUUUGCGUCGUAAUUUCAGUAAUUGUGACAAAAAUGGAAAUACGACUUGGAUUCAUUACAAGAAGUUAAUGUUCCUGCAGCCAUUUAUUCAACACAAAAGCAUCAACAAAACAUCGAAAAAUUUCGAUGAGGAUACAAUCAGGGAAGAAACAAGUAAUCAGGAUUUGCAGUCUUCUUUACCCGACGAAUCAACAACUUCGCUACAUAUCGAGUCAUCAACACAGUCUUCAUCAGCAAAUUCCUGUCCUUCGAUAGAUGUUAAUCCAGCAAUACCGAGUCCUGUGUCUUCCGCCGGAUCAUCUACGUCACAAUAUUUACAUUUCCGUUCUUCUUUACCCGACGAAUCAACAACUUCGCUACAUAUCGAGUCAUCAACACAAUCUUCAUCAGCAAAUUCCUGUCCUUCGAUAGAUGUUAAUCCAGCAAUACCGAGUCCUGUGUCUUCCGCCGGAUCAUCUACGUCACAAUAUUUACAUUUCCGUUCUUCUUUACCCGACGAAUCAACAACUUCGCUACAUAUCGAGUCAUCAACACAGUCUUCAUCAGCAAAUUCCUGUCCUUCGAAAGAUGUUAAUCCAGCAAUACCGAGUCCUUUGCCUUCCGCCGGAUCAUCUACGUCGCAAUAUACUUAUUUUCGUGAAUCGACAUCAAAAUUUCCAUCAGUUUUUGUAGAAGCGCCAUCAGAACGCCGAUUUUCUCGAAUACCCAACCAGUCUUCAUUCACUUUUCUAGCAACUCCUACAAAAUUAACCUCUUUAAGUUUAAAACCAUUUAAGAAUCAAUCUGAAGUUAAACCAACAACAAUUUCUCAAUCUAGAGCUCCAAAAUCACUUGAAAUCGAGAAACCUCAUGCUUUUCAUUCUUCUAUUACCCAUGUCCCAUCACAAAUUGGCGAUACCAUUGAUAACCCAUCGCCGGUAUCAAUUUCUCCACCUAAAGGGCAAAUAUUGCGUUAUCUCGCAGAACCUCAUGUUUUUCACAGAGGUAUUAUCGAAAACCCAUCCCAGGAUAACGACACUUUUGGAAACCUAUUACAUGAACAGAACUUUCAAUCUUCAGACAUUUCAUCUCCUCAAUCCAGAGCUUCAAAAUUACGUAAAAUCGAGAAACCUCGUGUUUUUCAUUCUUCUAUUACCCAUGUCCCAUCACAAAUUGGCGAUACCAUUGAUAACCCACCGCGGGUAUCAAUUUCUCCACCUGAACGUCCAAUAUUGCGUUAUCUCGCAGAACCUCAUGUUUUUCACAGAGGUAUUAUCGAAAACCCAUCUCAGGAUAACGACACUAUUGGAAACCAAUUGCAUGAACAGAACUUUCAAUCUUCAGACAUUUCAUUUCCUCAAUCCAGAGCUUCAAAAUUACGUAAAAUCGAGAAACCUCGUGUUUUUCAUUCUUCUAUUACCCAUGUCCCAUCACAAAUUGGCGAUACCAUUGAUAACCCACCGCGGGUAUCAAUUUCUCCACCUGAACGUCCAAUAUUGCGUUAUCUCGCAGAACCUCAUGUUUUUCACAGAGGUAUUAUCGAAAACCCAUCUCAGGAUAACGACACUAUUGGAAACCAAUUGCAUGAACAGAACUUUCAAUCUUCAGACAUUUCAUUUCCUCAAUCCAGAGCUUCAAAAUUACGUAAAAUCGAGAAACCUCGUGUUUUUCAUUCUUCUAUUACCCAUGUCCCAUCACAAAUUGGCGAUACCAUUGAUAACCCACCGCGGGUAUCAAUUUCUCCACCUGAACGUCCAAUAUUGCGUUAUCUCGCAGAACCUCAUGUUUUUCACAGAGGUAUUAUCGAAAACCCAUCUCAGGAUAACGACACUAUUGGAAACCAAUUGCAUGAACAGAACUUUCAAUCUUCAGACAUUUCAUUUUCUCAAUCCAGAACUUCAAAAUCACGUAAUAUCGCGGAACCACUUGUUUAUCGUCAACCUCUUGAUAAUGUCUUAUCACAGAUUGACAAUAUUAACGAUAUAUCAUUACAUGAUAUAAACCCCCGAAUUAUAACCGAAUCAUCUCGACAGAAAAAAAAUCCUAUUCCACCUCCAAAAAAACGACCUGAAAAACAAUUUAAUAAAAAUUCACGGAAAAUGGGAACUACUGUUCCGAGUUUUGACAAGUUCGCGGAAAAAAAGAGGGAGAGAAUUGAUAAAUUUGAUAAGGUUCAAGAAGAAGUUAUAUCUUUCUGUCAAGAUGCAAGAAAAAUGAAUGAACACGUUACAACUCUUACAAAACUGAAAAUUUUAGAAUCAGAACAACGUUUGAAGCAAAGUUGCGGUCACAUUAAUUCAAAUUUUACAAGGAUUGUAAAACCAAUUCAAAUUCGAGAUAGAUUUCUAGAAAAUAUUAAGUUAGAAUGGGACAAUUUGACAUCAGAAGAACAGGAUGAUAUAUACCCCGAACUUCUUCUAAUUUUGGAAAAAUAUUGUCAUCAAGUAAUCUAAUGUUAAAAAAUUACAUUAAUCUAAACUUUUACUAACUUUAAAAUUCUGUUGAAAACAAUUAUAAGAAAUGUUUACU